ACCGUUUCAAGGAAAACAGUAAAAACACUGCUAGUGUUAGUUAAACUACUCAUGCUCUUCCUCGUCGCCGAUAAACUUCUCCGUCGACCCAACCAAACCGGUUCGGCGCUCUUCAUCUCCGCGAGCCACUUUCGUUCACGAGUCCUCCAGAAGAACCGAAAUUCAGUUCAAGAAACCACUGCGCCGUGACCACCAUGCCUUUCAUUUCCAAAAUUCAGCGUCAAUCUGAUUUCAACCUCUUCGAUUCCAACACUCCUCUCGUGAUAGACAAUGGCGCCUCGUAUUUUCGCAUAGGGUGGGCGGGAGAGUCUGAACCUCGUGUUGUUUUUCGCCACAUUGUGCAAAGGCCGUGCCAUAAAGAAACCGGGGAAACUGUCACUAUUGUGGGUGACCAUGAUCCGGCAUUUCUGAAAUACUUUGACUGCACUCACUCAGGGCCACACUCUGCAUUUGAUAGCAAUGUUGUGUACCAGUUUGAAACAAUGCAAUAUAUUCUAGAUUUUGGAUUUGAUCGGAUGGGUGCAAAUGGAACAGAGAUUGAUCAUCCUGUCCUGAUCACAGAAUGUGUAUGCAACCCGGUUCAAUCUCGUAGUAAAAUGGCAGAACUUCUUUUUGAGACUUAUGGAGUUCCAUCAAUUGCCUUUGGUGUUGAUGUGGCAUUCAGCUAUAAAUAUAAUCAACAGCGAGGAGUUUGUGCUAAAGAUUGUCUUGCUUUGUGUCCUGGAUUCAACACAACCCAUGUGAUUCCGUUUGUAGAUGGGGAGCCUGUUUACGAAGGAUGCUGUCGUACUAAUAUUGGUGGAUUCCAUGUGACUGAUCAUUUGAAGCAACUCCUUUCACUUAAAUAUCCUUAUCAUUUGGCUAGAUUUACAUGGGAAAAGGUUGAAGACCUGAAGAUGGAACAUUGUUACAUUGCACCAGAUUAUGUUUCUGAAGCUCGGUUGUUUCAGAAAGGAGCCAAGGAAGCUGAAGAAAAAACCAGAUAUUGGCAGAUUCCUUGGGUUCCACCCCCAAUUGAGGAGCCUCCUUCCGAGGAAGAGAUUGCAAGAAAGGCAGCAAUAAAAGAGAAACAAGGUCAAAGUCUUCGAGAAAUGGCUGAGGCAAAGAGGUCUUCUGAGAUAAAUGAACUGGAAAAUGAAUUGCAUGGUUUAGAGUUUCUUUGGCAUCAGCUUGAACAAGUGGAAGAGAGCAAGGUUCCAUCUUUCCUGGCAGAAACUGGCUAUGGCUCUAGGCAGGAGAUUGAAUCUGCACGUAAUAUAGUUAUGCAAUCUUUACAGAAAGCAAAAGGUGAACCAAAGAAUGAACAAGAUGCAACUGAAAAGGUUGAUCCUGCCACCAAUGAUUCUCUUAUUAACAUUCCUGAUGAGGUGCCACAUGCUCGACCUCUGACCAAAGAAGAUUUUCAGAUUGUUCUUGGGGUCGAAAGGUUCCGAUGUCCUGAACUAUUGUUUAAUCCAAACUGGAUUGCGGUUGAUCAGGUAGGAUUAGAUGAGAUGGUUGGGGUUUCAAUAAGGAGGUUGCCAUACAAGGAUGAAAGCUUGGAAGAGAGACUGACUAGUUCCAUACUUGUUACUGGUGGAAGUUCUCUUUUCCCCGGUAUAAUUGAACGCCUGGAAGUUGGAAUUCGGAUGAUUAGACCUUGUGGCACACCUAUAAAAAUAGUUAGAGCACUGGAUCCAGUAAUGGAUGCAUGGAGAGGGGCUGCUUCAUUUGCCUCGGACCCACAGUUCCAUCAGCAAACUUUUAGUAUACUGGAUUAUCAUGAAAAAGGAGAAGACUGGCUUCGCAAUUAUCAACUGCAGUAUACUUUGUAAUAUGUCAUUGAUCACAGUAUAGUGCUGUAUAUUGUCUAGAAUUUUCGACCAUAUAUAGUUUAGAAUGUAUAUUCUCCUGUUGUAUAAUCCUUUGUCUUG